AUGUCUUGUCUGACAAUGCCUAAACGACAAUUAGGUAAAAAGGGUCCAAACGUAUCGGCGAUUGGCUUUGGAAUGAUGGGUUUAUCUAUUUGCUAUGGAGCUGUUGCUUCGGAUGAGGAACGAUUCAAAAUCUUGGAUCGUGCUAUCGAACUCGGUUGCACUUAUUUCGAUACUGCCGAUGUCUACGGCGACAGCGAAGAUUUAUUAGGGAAGUAUUUCAAAAAGUGUCCGCAACAGCGUCAAAAAGUAUUUCUUGCAACCAAAUUUGCCGGUGUAGUCUCUGCUGACUUAAAAUCUUUCUCGGUUCGUGGCGAUGCAGAAUAUGUCCAUCAAGCGAUUAUCAAAAGUCUUGGACACCUUCAACUCGAUUACGUUGAUCUAUACUACGUACAUCGAAUUGAUCCAAAAGUUCCGAUUGAAGAAACCAUGAAUGCUUUGAAGGAGCUUGUUCGUCAAGGAAAAAUCAAAUAUAUUGGCUUAUCGGAAUGUUCAAGUGAUACGAUUCGACGAGCUUAUGCUAUUCAUCCGAUUGCAUGUGUUCAAAUCGAAUAUUCGCCGUUUAGUUUAGACAUCGAAAAGGAUGAGAUCGCUGUUCUGAAAACAUGUCGAGAACUUGGUGUGGCUAUUGUUUGUUAUUCGCCUUUAGGUCGUGGAAUGUUGACUGGACAAAUAAAAAAAAACUUUCCGAAAAAUCUCGACUUGGUCAAAAAAUUGGCAUCGAUUGCUGCGAAGAAAGGUUGUACAACAGGGCAAUUAACAUUAGCAUGGAUUCUUGCGCAAGGUCCAGAUUUUAUUCCGAUACCAGGCACAAGUAAAGUGAGAAAUUUAGAAGAAAAUGUCGGUGCGGCUCAAGUUAAGCUAACUACAGACGAAAUCAACGAAAUUCGAACAGCUUGCAAUGCUGCUGAUGUAGCUGGUGGACGUGCUCCUGAGCAAUUCUCGCUGAAUACAUUCGGGGAUUCAGCUCCAAAAAAAGAAGUGUCUAAUUAUCACGAAUAA